AUGGGGGGGAAGAAGGAGGAGGGAGGCGAAGUGGAGGAGACCAUGCGCGAUCUCUUCGAGCUAGUGAAGGAGGCAGGUACAAGCGCAAACGAGAAGGAUCUUGGUACAGGGAGAGCGAAGAGCUUGAUCUCCAACAUCCAGUCGAUGAUGGGGCAGGCGCAGAGCUCGAAAUCUGUCUCCACGGUGCUGCAAGCGGUUGCAGCUCAAUGCAGCGAUCCCGAUGGAUCACGAGCCGUCAAGAUCAUCCUUGGUGUGCUGAGCAAGUCGGACAUCACCUCAGUACGGAUUUUGUGGUGUUUGGGACGAAUUCUCGCCUCCAUGCAUAACGAGCAGACUUCAGCAUUCCACGAGGAGAUUGUCAAGGCGCUGCAGGUGAUCAUGCAGCGGGUAGAGGGGAAGGCAGAGCUGGAGACGCUUCUUUUUGUCGUCGUCUGCCAGGCGUGCGAGAGCAAGAUGGGGAUGGAGCGAGUCUCGAAACACAGUGAGAUGGGACAUCAAGCACACCAUGCUGGGGAAGAGCGACCGGAGAAACAUUCCCAUCAUGGCGUAGACGACGAGAGGAUCUUCGAAGCAGACAGGAAGAUGCUGAGUGGAAUCAUCGGGAUGGGAGAGCACAGCGGGGGAGCGCGGGACAUUGCGAGUGGGCAGGACGCGGAGGACGACGUUGAGAUGCAAGAUGCCGCGAGGCAGUCCGAGAGCAACUCGACACUGGUUGUUCAUGACAUGUGUAAGGACGAUGCAUCCCUGCUGGAUCAGAUAUGGAGCAGAGCGUACACGGACCAUAUACUUCUAUCGACCAACGGCCACUCCUUGAAGGACAGCUCCCAUACCGAGUUCAACGAGGACGCUGACAUGCCGCUGAUGAAGCUUUCCCUGCAUGCUCCAUCAUUCUGCUCGCUGUUGCUGCCUCGAUGCAUCAUCGCCCUGCGGGAAGUUUUGUGCAAGUCAAUCGCUUCACAGCGCAUGUCCCCUUGCCUUGUGACCUUGAGCAAGCUCGUUUCCGAGUGGCUGAAUUCGUCUGUUCGAUUCCUGUCGACGCAGAUCCCCCGAGUCGUUGACCUCAUCUACAUCUGCUCCCUGUGGCCUUACGAAUUCUACGACGCGAGCGCGAGCGGCAAUGCCCUGCUUGCAGACUUCAUGAUGGCCCUCUCAGAUGUUUCCCCUGCGGAGGAUCAAGGUCCUGUCUCGCAGGAGGAUAUAGCGAUUGUUAGCAAAGCUAUCAAACAGCUGGACGCCCCCCGCAACGAAGUUGCCACGGACAAGCUUGCCCAGAUACUCAUCGCAGCGUCUUCCCAUGGCUGGAUCCGACUAUCACAGUCAGACAUGGACACUGCAGUGAGUAUGCUGGAGAGGAGGCCGAUGAUGGAGACGUUCAUUUCGAGAUAUCCCAUGCUUGUGAAGGGAAUGGAAGACAGGAAAAAGUUGGUGUGA